AAUACCUUUUCUGUAAAAGACAAGGUCCCAAAGACCCAGCUCAAGUCCAGCUCUGUAAUAAUACAUUCACACCAUCUUCAACCUCUCUUUCUCUCUAUCAAUGGAGUUUUUUCAAAAGGCCAAAGCGGUUCGUUUACGGAGCCACCACGACAAGUACCUAAUCGCCAACGAAGACGAAGAAUCCAUAACUCAAGAACGUAACGGCUCAGCAGGAGCAGCCAGAUGGACCGUUGAGAUAGUCCCUGGCUCCACCAACCUUAUCCGUCUCAAAAGCGCUUACGGCAAAUACUUAACCGCGUCAAACAAACCGUUUCUUCUCGGAGCCACCGGAAGAAAAGUUCUACAGACUAAUCCUAGCCGUCUUGACUCGUCUUUAGCUUGGGAACCGAUCAGAGACUCUGCUCUUGUUAAGCUCAAGACUCGUUAUGGUCACUUCCUUCGUGGUAACGGUGGUUUACCUCCUUGGAGAAACUCUGUUACUCAUGAUAUUCCUCAUAGAUCGGCUACUCAAGAAUGGAUUCUUUGGCAUGUUGAUGUCGUUGAGAUCCUCACUGAGACUUCCGAUCACCAGCAGCCUCCCUCUCCGCUUCAUCAUUCCGAUUCUCUCGAUUUCGCUCCUGGAUCUCCUUCCAGAUCUAACCAUUUAUUUAGACAAGAGUCAACGGAUUCAGUGAUGAUUGGAUCGCCACCAAAGUUGGAUGGGAGAGUGAUAUACUAUCAUGUGGCGGAUGAUGAUGGUGAAGUUGAAGAUGAUUCAGUUGAGGUAAUGUCGUUUACUUUCAAAGGCAAUGGUGUUGAAGAGCUGACUACGAGAUUGAAAGAAGAGAGCAAUGUUGAAGAUGUUAUCGUGUGUACUCGUAGCCCGUUGAACGGGAAGCUUUUCCCUUUGCGUCUUCAGCUUCCACCUAACAAUGCAGACAUGACUGUCGUCUUAGUGCCAAAAUCAUCAAAAAGUGAGUUUCUUUUGUGCUUAAUUCCUCAACCACUGCUUUUGUCACUGACAUUGUUCUCUGUUUUCUUUGACGUAACAGUAGCAGAAGAGUUCAUCAAGUAGAGAUCUGUGAAGCUGAGCUGUGAUGUGAAGGCUAUGGCUGCAAAUUGUUUGUUGUUAGUUCAGAUAAUAUUGGAUUGACUUAGAGAUACUGUUUGAUUACCAAACUUAUGAUUUAUACAAAAUUGGUUGCAUUGAUCAA